CUCAUUCGUCAAGUAUAAUGCCUGGAGUGGAAAAAUGGUACGUGACGUUUGAAUGUUGUAAAAUAUGCAAGAGACGUCGGAUAGAUAGCUAUGUGGCAAGUCUUCAAUUGUCAUGUUUAUAUAGCAAUUCCUUCAUGCUGUACAAUACGAAAUGUUCCAAGAAGAGUAAUAAGAGCUAUACUCUCACAUAAAACUUGGAAUUACUCCCAGAGAGGAAAAAAAAAAGACCAAUUUCAUUAGCUCACCAGCACCAGAUAAUUGAUUAUUCUUAACAAAACAAUUUUUAAAAUUAGAUACAAUCGUAAACGAUAAGUUGUUUUUUUCUCAAGAAGCCACUUUAGUUUCAGGUAAGCGUCUAGAACUCAAUUGUCUUUGCCGCUUUGUAUAGGUCAUAUCAGAGAUUCAAGUAAUACGAUGAAUUUGUUUUUGGAAAUUCGAUCGAGACAAACCGCUGUAAUGAGAAAGAUUCCUGCAAAGUUUAGAGACAGGAGUGUAGCGCUCAAGUAAAAAAAACCCACCUGUCUUUUUAUUUAAAUUCAUGUUACCCCAAACCCUUCAAAUUGUUUUUAAAACGACUAUCACAUGUGACCUAUUAAAUCUGGAGCUGUGAAAUUUCAAUUAUUUUUCAGGAUGUGGCAAAAGCGCUCAGAAUGAUUUAUAAGAAAGAGACGAAAAAACAACAACCAAUACUCGAAACUAAAAUGAGAAUCAUACACCUAGACUGCUCGUGGCUCUGUAGCAUUGGUCUACUCGUUAGCUUGAUCUUACCUUGUAAGUUGAACGUGUUGAGGUUGUUUUAUGUACAUUAUGGAAAACUAUUUUCCCUUCGAAGAUGCCAACUCAUGUGAAGUCGGACGAAGGUAGGAAUCUAUUAAAUCCAAAUGUUACAAAGAAAUUUAAUCGUUGGAUGGGUGAAACAAAAGCAAUCAAUCACAUAUAAAAGCCCACUCAAGUUUCUGUUUUAAUCUAUAUUUACUUGGAUGCAAGUGAAAUUAAUUAAAAAUAAUCUCUUAAUGUUUUUUUACACGGUUGGCAUUAUCAAAGUACCAUAUUAUUUUCAUUAUCAAAGUACCAUAUUAUUUUAAUAUAAACUUCAAAAGAAAUGCUUUGUUGUUUUUUUUUAAAAACAAAAUUUAGCGUCACCAUAUUUUGCCAAAGCUGAUCAACAUAUGCUAUUUAAAGAAACCGACGUGGGUGAGUUCCGCAUGGCAGAUUUUGACGUCGUAUGGAGAGGCAUGGAGCUGCUUACAUGCGUCAUCCGGUGUGUAAGUGAAUUCAAAUCAUGCUACAGUGUCAACUAUAAAAUGACGACUAAACUGUGCAUUCCUGGUAAAUAAUAUAAAGUUAAGCGUUGUAAAAUGAUUGUUUACUAUUGACUGAAAUUUUCAUGUUAAAAAAAGCAAUAUUUUAUAAAGGCUGGUUACUGGCUCAAGAAAACUUUUGCCUUUAGUCUAACAUUCUAAAACACAUUAAAGUAGAUAUUUAAUUUGCUAUUAAGCCUACACUCCAAAGAAAGUUGAUAAAUUCAUUCUUGAAAUGUCCAUGUUGGUGGUUUUAUUUCCUACUAUUUCCUAAUGGUGUUGUACUUACAAACUAAUCCUCUUGAAUGAAACGGGACUAAUUAGUCGUGCAAUAACUCAGUUCUUCAAUAAUCCCUCUAGGAUCAUGGCUUGUGUUAAAUCUCACCAUUCAUCACCUGCCACAAGCCCCUGGCGUCAUCUACAGCACCGGGGCCAGGUGUGGCGAGAUGAAAACGUUCACGCAUUACAGACAUCAGGAUGUCACUACAUGUUAUUGGAUAUCAGAAUUUCAGUUAAACUAUAAAAACGCAAAAGAAUAUUGCAAAGGUGAGAAUCGAUCGUGAAUACAAUAGUUUAAAAAUUUUUGCAGUUCUAAUCGUAUGGCACUGAAUGAUUUAAAACACGCUUGUCAUGCAGAAUUAAAUUUUCUGACAUUGCAUUUUAACGGGGGCAAACAUAAAGAAAGUCUGGCGUGUCCAUCCCAAACUUUAUUUAAAAUAUAAAUAGAACAGCAAGAGUGAGAAGAGAAUCAUAUCAAAAAGAGAUGAACUGUCACUAAAUCCACAAAGCUCUAGCAAGAUGCUAUCCACAUCAACAGAGAGUAUGAGGACGCGGAAAUAAACUGUUUAACAAUCGUACAAAACAAUACAUAUUUUAUUUUUAGUUGAAAUUUACAAUUCUGAUCAUUUAUUUACUUAUCAAUAUAUCCCCCCCCCCUUUUUUUUUUCAAAUAACUCACCAAUAAAUUUUUUACAACGUCAAAUUCCUCAUAUUUGCAACAAUUUUAAUUUUAAUAACUCACCGGAUAAUGUUUUUUAAAACAAAUGAGGACGCGGAAAUAAACUGUUUAACAAUCGUACAAAACAAUACAUAUUUUAUUUUUAGUUGAAAUUUACAAUUCUGAUCAUUUAUUUACUUAUCAAUAUAUCCCCCCCCCCUUUUUUUUUUUCAAAUAACUCACCAUGAAAUGUUUUACAAGGUCAAAUCGCUCACAUUUGCAACAGUUUUAAUUUAAAUAACUCACCGGAUAAUGUUUUUUAAAUCAAGAAACUCUCAAUGUAAGGCUUUCAAUAUUGAGUGACUCACCAUGAAAUGAUUUUAAUAUGUAAUAACGCAUUAUGUAAUGUUUUCAAUAAAAAAAUAAAUUGCCAUGUAAUGUUUUUAAGCUUAAAAUAACACACUAUAUUAUGUUUUUCAUUAUAAAUUACUCACCAUGUAAUGAUGUAGCACACAAUGUAAUAAUUUUAUGCAAAGUAACUCACCGUGUAAUGUUUUACAUGUACAGUGUCUUACUAGGAAAUGUGCUUUUCAGACAAAGGAGCACAUCUUUAUACGAUCAAACUGAUUGAAAAGUUAGCGAUACUCAAGAAAAUAGCAAGUGAAUCAAAUCACAAUUUUUGGAUUGGACUAGACGAUCUCAGAGAAGAAGGUGUCUUCAAAUGGGCUGACGAUGACUCGCGACUCACAGAGGGCCUUGGGCUUGAGCUAUUUAAUCAAUGUAAGUAUACUAUAAAAGGAACUGCAAGCUUUCUUUACAUAUAUAUUUAAAACCAAAAGAAGACUUCAACUAACGGAACUCUUAAAUUCAAAAAUGAAGAUUAAACAUAUCAACACUGGAGCUGAAAAAAAUCAGAAAUAAAAAAAAAUCACCCAAGGGGGCCGAGUUGGGAAAGUUCGUAAAUACGAAAACGAUUAAAAUAAUUGGGCACUCUUAGAUACAAUUUAAAAAAAGUUAAUACUUAAAGCUAGGGUAGCAAUUCCCCCAUUAUGUUUAAAACGUUUAAAACAACAACAAAACAACACGUGUGGUGGCUUUUAGUUAUAUAAAAAGUAUAAAAGACCACCAUCUUAAGUAUGGCAAAAUUGAUCUUUCCACAACAGCAAAACAUUCAAAAUGUUGUUUAAUUUUUAAGAGGGUGGCGACUUAAAAACAAAAAUGAAAAAUAAAAAUAAAAUGUGUAGCAACGGAGGGUCGUAAUGAUUUACAGAGGACAAACAGCCAUACAACUUCACUUUUGAGUUGAAUGACUGCUUUGAAAUCUAAGUCAUUAUACCGGGAAUUUUGUAAGCAUUAGGUGUUUAUAAAGUAAUUAUUAUGUUUUGUAUCAUUGUGGGGUGGGCUUAAACUUUGAGAACAAUGUGUUUUAAUCAAUAACAAGUCUAUGGGCAAACUUUCAGCUCAAUAGGAUGACAGAAAGAGGGUGAAUUAGACCUCCUAAGGUUUUUCUGGCACAAAGAAACAAGAACAAAGGCGAAGUUAAUAUAAAGGAUUUGGCAAGGUCAAUGUCACAAAGGAGGAUUUAGGAAAUACGCGACCCAAUGACAAUCACAGGGAACUGUUUCUUGCUACAAAGUAACCACAGAUGCGUUUUAUAUUUAUUGCGAUGGGAAGUGUCGAAUCCGUCUCGAUAGACAUGGACAAGUUUUAAGUUAUGACCAAUAGAAGUUGAAGCACAAUUUAAGAAGGAAUAGCUUGUCUUCUUGGGAAGCUAAGACAAUAUAAGGACACUCUGUUUUAUGAAUAAUCUUUUUCUUGACAGCAUCUUAACGGCAGACCACACCCGAUGGCAAAGAAAGUACACCAGGGGUGCCAUGGCCCCCACGUAAGACGCCGCUUCAAUUUUAAUAUAUCCAUGAAGCUAUGAUUAUAAUUUGUGAAUAUAUUCCAGAUCAACCAGAUAACUGGGGCAAUACAGAGGACUGUGCGCUCCUGGUGAAAUGGGGAAAACUGAAUGAUG